AUGAAUGAGUUAUAUUCGCUGUGUGAAGAUAUAGGAGAAAAGGACAAAAUUUUAAUUUCGGAAAAAUUAAGGAGUAUCCUUGACCAUUUUCAGAACAAAAAUAAAUGUUACGUUUCCGAGUUCGUCGUCCUAAGCAGAACCAGAUUUUUUAAAUCCAUUAGCAACUAUGGGGAAUUCCUGCUCCUGCAGUCAUCUUCCCGGGUGAUAGGUAAUUAUGAAAAUAUUUUGCGCUUGUUACAUAAAGCAAGGGUCUACUUAGAAUUUGUCAGGUGCUUAGAAUUCAGUGAAUAUAAUCCUAGUAAGAACAAAAAAUGCGAAGAGGAUAUUUUAAAGUUCAUUAACUAUUUGGAGUCAAAGAAGAGAAAAUAUUACCAUCACAUAUGUGGAACACUGAUCAAAUUUAUCAUUACGUCUCUCAAAAAAAGUGAUACUCCUACGGAUAGCAAACCGGACAUUUCCGAACUGGACGAGCAAGCCAAUCUGGACAGUUACGAAAAAAGCAGCAUUAAAAAUGACGAAAAGUUUCAUGAUUCUACCAUAAGUGAAACGCACAAAUUGAAGGAUAAUGCAGAUGCGUCGGACAAUGAAUGUAUUGACGAAAAAUGCGUGAUGGAGCCGUUUGACGAGUUGGAAGAAUAUGGAGAUUACCUAUACAACGUCCUGAAUCAAAUGGACAGUACAUCGUGGAAGGAUAAAAAAUAUGAGGAAUUUCUAAAAAUGAUUAGCUUGAAUGAUGCCAUCAUAAAUGAUGAAAAUGAAAAGGUAAAGAAUUCAGACAGUAGAAGCUUCACAAACAUUUCAAAGGUGACGAACAACAUUAUUCUGUUGCCAAAGUAUUUGGAAAAUGUAAGGAAUUCUAUAUAUAACCAUCAGAAUAAGUCAAUCGCAGAGGUUAAGUCCAUGAUUGAGCAUGCCAUGAGUGAUAACAUAGAAGCUCCCUUGUUUAAAACGGGGAAAAUAAUAAGCGCAAUGCUUCCGUCUCCGGAUUAUGAAAAGUAUUGCUCUAACACAAAAUCGGAUUUUCUAAACAAACUGGAUGAUUCAUCCAUAGUGCAGGACAUGGUGUUCAAAAUUUUUAACCUCAAUAAAAACCCAUCAAAUAGUACCGCAGCAGUCCCAUCAAAUGUGUACAGCGUGAAUUGUUACGACAUUUUUAAAAUUAUAUUAAAAGGGAUAAAUUAUCUUAAAAAUGAGAACGACGAGAUAUAUUUGUUUCUUAGACAGCUGCUUAAUAAAAGCAAGAAGAACUACUCUCACAUGUGCAGCAAAGAAACACCGGAGACACAUUUCAACCCAUGUGAUAAAUUGAAUUACUCAUUUCUGCCAUUGCAUUUGUACAAUAAUACUAGUGACAUUUGCAGGGAGAUAUUGAAAUAUGCCAUUUGUAAUAAAGACUUGGUUUUCACGCUCAGGAUAGUCGACACCUUUUUAACCAUAGCGGUGUAUGAGAACUCGCUAAAAUAUUUGGUGCAUUUUUUGAACACCCUGGCGGAGUACAUUAUUAUCCCCUACCUGCGAUAUGAAAUAAGUUCGUGUUCCAAAAAGGUUGGUAAUAAUGAUGGAGACCUCAUCAUUGGCAACAAAUCGGAGGAAAAAAAAAAGGAUUGCACCGUAGUAGGUGUAGAAAAUAGUAAUAAAGAAUUCUACUCCAGUUACACAAACUUUAACAAGCUAAUGUGUAGAAUUCCGUUGCACGAAUACGAGUCACUGAAACUGUUGGAACUGUUUUCCCUACAGUAUCCUAUGUUUUUAAAAAUAAACAAUAAUCCACAGAGGUGUCUGAAAGAUAUCGCCAAGCCAUGUGAGUAUUCCAGUAACGUUCUGCCCACGUACGGAUCAUACAUAUUUCAAGUGGCAGUCUCCUUCGAAAUUGACAAUUCGAUAAAGGUGUUGGAUGAACUUGGCUCAAAAUGUAAGAUAACAUUUCAGAUGGUGGAAGAUGAAGGGAGUGAAAAAAAGAGCACAGAUGAAAGUUCGGAGGAAAGUAUUAGUAAACAACAGGAGUACAACUUUUUGGAGAUUAAUUUUCAGCAGAAUCAUAUGUACACCAAAUUGAUGAAGCCAUUUGGUGCAGAAUCAUUCUCUAAAGAAAAGGAAGAAGUUGAAAGGGAGACUUAUGACAAAUCAAGUAAAAUGUCAAACGGGGGGCAUAACGAACAGGACUCUUACCAGCCUAGCAGUAUCAUUAACAGCGAAGUAACUAGUCAUGAGAGGGGGAAGAACCGGACGAAAAAUGCGAGUAAACUGAUCAAUGUGUACGAUAUUACGAACAUGAACACCAUCAUUUUUGACAUACUGAUCGAUCAAGGAUGUUACAGCAAUGAUGGGAAUACUUGCGAUUUUCAAAACGAUCAUGGGAAAAUAGUGAUUUAUUCCAACGGAAGGCAUUUACUAACAACAAGUAUAAGAAAGAAGAACUCCCUUCUAGAUAACAACAUACUAAUAAAUAACAAUAUAAAGUUGAAAGUGUACACCUCACGCACGUGCUUCUUUGAGUUUCCAAAGGAUUGUUGCUGGUCCUCUGCAUUCGUCGAUGAAUUAGUAAACAUAAAAUUAAUCCCAGAUAUCCAUCGAAACUUUCUACUCAGAAACCCGCUUAACAUAGUGGAGCUUUACAAUAAGGUGUCCAUUGCGCUGAAUCGAUACAUGUAUCGUUUUUGCGAUUGGAAUGACGACGACUAUAGGAAGAUAAUGGAAAAAGAUACCUCAUACACAUUAUACAACAACAUUGAUAUUUACACCUUUGAGACACUAAUUAAGUACACAGAAAAUAACAAUAAAAUUUUGAGGAAGUUGUUCAAAUUGGCCAAAGGUUGCGCUGUUCCUGGGGUGGAUCUUAGCCCUGAUGAGGACCAAGAAAACGACGCCGUUUACCCGAACCCUUACGCAACCUAUUGCACGAGUGAAAGCAAAGAAUGGGUUGGAAUAUAUAGAGAGUACCUGUACGAAUGGAACCAAACAUCCGAUUCGCAAAUCUGCGCCUUGAGCAUCUUAAAGCUAUAUUUAAAAAACAACAUGCAUGUGCAAAAUAACAGGAUAGAAAAUAAUGAGAACUUUCACUCCCUGUCUGAAAGAUUGAUUACAUCCUUUUUGAAAAUAAUUAAGUUGAAAAGUCCGUUCAUAGGAAGGGAAGAUUACUGCGUAAACCAAUAUUAUCAAAUGGAGGAGUUGGACCUGAAUGGGAGUUUAUGGCUACUCAGGAAAAAUGUCUUUCAAAUACUACUAGAGGCGGAUAAAAUAAUUAUAAGCAAUGUUUUUAUGAGGAUUCAUAUAGAAACAAUCUUAAAAUUGCUCAAGUUCUUUUCCGAUAAUAACAGCCUUGAUUCGCACAUAAUAUUAAAACUGUUAAAAUCUCUGGAACAUAAGGGCAUUUUGGAAAUAAUGAUGAAACGGAUGUUAAGUGUCCCAUAUCACAACUGUUCAAGCGGUUCUUAUAGGAAGAUGAACUUCAGCUCAACUAAUCGAUACGUAAACUCUCAAAAUAUGAAUGCGUGUACAUCCUCGUCAGCGUCGUCUAAUUCGACUGUGUACAACGCUAGCGUGGACAACAUAAAUGAUGCUAAUGGAAGCAGAAAUAGGGAAGAAAAACGAAAGAAAAGGAAGUAUUACGAGGAAAACAAACAUGAAAUUGAGAGAUACGAGAAGAGAAAAAAAAACACUAAGAGCAGGAUCAUAGAAUCCACACAUUUUGGAAUAUUCGUCGAAGAGCUAAUGUCUCUUAUAAAUCAUCAAACGAAUGAUGCAAUCAAUGUGCCCGUUGUGCAGUACAACGAGGAGAGCGAUUUUUUGAUGGAAAACAAAGCGUGUGACAUUAUUCACAAGUUGUGUUGUUUUUAUGAAGAUGAAUGGAAGAAUGAGGGCUGUGUAAAUUAUAGCUACUUUGACUUUUGUGUAAAAAUAUUGAAUCAGAUAAAGCACAAGAACAAUCAUGUGAGUAGUGCUAGUGAAGUGGCCUCUAUUUUUUUGCGAGGCAUUGUGCUCAUGCUGACGACGUACAUAUUGACCUUAGCAACGGAAUAUGAAAGUGCAAAAACGUUUUUGUAUCAGCCGGUCAUUCCGUUCUAUAAUGUGUACGACGAAAUGGCAAGGGAGGGGGAACCUGACGAUAGGAAGCACAACUCGAGGAUGCAGUUAAGGGAUGCUAAAUGGGCAGGAGGCGCAAUGGAGCAAGUGGAACACUUGGGGGAUACUAGCGAGGAAGGCCAAGAGGGGGAAUCGGCCAACAGGGACUUGUUGCCAAAUGGAUCCAUCAUAUCAUCCACCUUGGAGAACCAUAUAUUUGACACGUUCAGCAAUGACAUGGAGGAUAGAAGUAGUUGUAACAGUAAGUACUCCAGUUUGUUUAGCCCGAAUUCGUCGUUAGACACAGAAAAUAAGCAUUUCGUAAUGUAUGCCAAGGGGGAAAGGAAGAAAAAGUCUUGGAUUCCCCUAGUGAGCAGCCAAAAACAGGGCCUACUGGAUGAUGUCAUGUCCCAUUCGGACGAUUCAGGAUCGCAAAUAUAUAUAAACAAGAACGAAUUGUCCGACUUUGUUCAAACCAGUUUGGAGAGCAUAAAUGAUGACAAUAUGGAUGUCACGACAAAUCAUAGGAAGUCCAUUGAAUCUCAUAAUAGCAAGAGUAGGUCCAUGCGCCUUUCUGAGUAUUAUUACAACUCGGACGAGUCUGAAGAGUUCUACAUAAGGAAAAAUUUGCAAGACUAUAACGAAACGAAUAGUGACUCGAACAAUUUCAAAACACAGCUGAAUGGUAUAAUGUAUAAAUUUUCCAAAAAGAAAAAGUACAUGAAAAAUGGGAAGAAGCUUAAGAUUCUGAGAAAGAAAAUAAUGAAAUAUAAGAAUGACUCCAAAAAACUGAAUUUUAUAUUUUCGCUUUUGGAGGAAAUAUUAAAAAUAAUGCUAGGUGUGGGGUUACGCGUCCUUUCGAGCAUUUCGUAUCACUACCUGUACGAAAAGAACGGGAUGCACAAAUUUAUACACAUAUUUGGGUCUAAGGUGAUCCGAAAUGACUUUAAUGAGAAAACGUCAUUUUUAGAGUUGUGUGAAAAUAUGAUUAAGCCGAAGAGUCUGACCCUCUUGCAAGCGUGUAAUUUUAUAAUAAGCGGAAUAAUACCCUGCCUGGGAUACGUCACCAACCUUUUUGUGGAUAAGAAAAGUAACAGAUAUUCCUACAUCAAGGAAUUGAAAAAUUAUUUGUCGUUAAAAAUGGCCCUGAACAUAUGGCCCAUGUUUUUAAAAAUAACAUUGCAGGGCCUGUUGACAUCUAGACACCUGUCCUACGAAAUGUCGGUGUACAAGGACACCUUGCACCCUAUUGCCGAGUGUUGCAUAAGCAUUACAAGUUUGGCCACUCACUUCUUAACCUUCUUUACUGUUAUGUCGGACAAUGUCAGCAAAUAUGAAAUAUACGUGAAUAUGAGGAAAAGCCUGAUAAGUGCGAACCCGUACCCCAUACCGCUCAUUCUAAUCAAUGCCGCAAAAUACAUUCGAAUUUCUUCAAAAAGGAACAAGUACUACGAGUUUGAGAAGGCCAUAAGGACUAUUCUGCUUCAGCUUACAGACUGCUCUGUGUGCGACUAUGAGAACUACCUGUUCAAUCACUACAUAAUUCCGGAGAGCAUUUCUAGCUUCUUAUCGGCUACUAAAAUGACUGGUGAGGAUGAGAUCAUCAAGGAAGGAUCUCCAAACAGUAUGUUAACAAAUAGAUCCAACAAUGAAAUUAACAUAUGUGAGCUUAAGUCUGUGGCCAAGUCUUACAUGAGGACGUACAAAUCGAUGUACGCUGAAGAGGAGGAGGUAAUACCUCCGAACAAUUUUGAAGGGGAAAAUCUUAGCAGGAAGGAGGAAACACAGAAGGCACCCACAGAAAACGAGUCCACCAAAAUGUUCAAUAAGACAAACAUAGAGUUUUUAAAGAGGCUGAUGAAUAAUGACAAGGAUGCUGUAAAGUACCUGGGUACAUUUUACAACGUGUUCCACAAAAAUUUCGAAAGAGCCCAAAUAGCCUUUGUUGCGGUGUUUUUGUACCUCAUCGGUUAUAACCACAGCCAAGCCGGACACAUGGACAAUGACCCACACAGUGAUGUGUGCAGUAGGGAAAUAAAGGAAAGUGCUACCCUCAUAAGUGAAGCGCUAGAAAUGAAGAAAAUAACCAUUGCGUGUAAUUUGGCCAGGCAGGGAGUAAUUGACCUGAUAUCAAAGAGCCAAAUACAGCAUCAGAAGGGGAGCAUCGAAUGUAAGGUCUCGUCCAAGUCCAAAUGGAGCGAAGAGAAAGCGAACGAUAAAAGUAUGGAGUUCCUGGAAUUAUACAACAGGGAGUUGGACCAUGUGGAUGGAGUGGACCAUGCGCAUGAUGCAGAAGUGGUGGGCGAUAGGAAGGGUGCGCUUUAUGAAAAGCAGCAAAGCAUUAACUCUACCCAUAGUGACGAACACAACGAAUUUCUAUGCAGCAAGCAUGUAGGGGAGCAUGGACAGCAACCCUCAUCAGAUGCAGAAGGGGUUGGGUACAUUUCAUGCAAUUUGAAGAAAGAAGAAUUAAACUACCUCAACGAUGUGUUACCGAAUGCUGAGAAGUGCAGCAACAAAAGUAGCGAACUGUCAGCAGUAGAUUUAAUAAAAAGGAAGAGGGAAAAGCAAAUCGAUAAGAUAUUAAAAAAGUGUGAAUGGAUUAUUAAUACCUACCCACAUGGCUUAUGCCCAAUAGUUAUCAAGGACAAUUUGUCACACGAAUGGGAUGAGCACUUUGUGUUCAUGCGACGAAAUUCGUAUGACAUCCCCAUUACUGCUAGGAAGAUAUACUCAGAUCGUAGUGACUUGCAUAUGGUGCAGGAAGCUGCCACCAUGCCGACCUUUGCCAGCUCGUUAAAAACAAAUGUUUCCUCCCUGAGCUAUUUUGAUCAUAUCCUUAGACACCCAAACAAUAUUGAUGAUAAACUAGAAUGUAUACAAUUUAGCACGGAAAAUAUUUUCGGAAAAGGGACGACCAAAAAUUUGUGUCUUCUGAAAAGAUUGUUAAAAACGUAUAAAAGGAAUGUUAGUUUGAAGGACUCCAAUAAUGGAGAUGCCAAAUCAGACAAGGACAACGGGGAUAAUACAAAGCAGAUAGAUAUGUACGUUUGUAACACCAAGGCGAGGAAUUCCUCCAACAGUUGCCCAAGUUGCGAUAGCGCCAACUUUUACAAUGAUGAGUCGAACUUUUAUAUGAAUUACAACUUCUGUGAAAAGCAUAAUGAUAAUUCGAACAACUCUAUUAUUAUGAAAUACUGCAAUCAUGAGAAGAAUAAUUUGAAGCAUGCUGUAGGGGGAGGCUUAUGGCAAGAUUCUCGGUUGACGAAGAAUUAUAUUUCCCACCACGUCAAUGAUGUCACAGCAGCAGAAGAUCUAAACUCAACCAUGGUAAAUUGCAAAUCUGAUUUUUAUUUUUUUUCCCUCAAAUCAUUUGAUGAAAAUGACUUCAUUAUCCGAAACGGAAACAACGGUAGCAAGUGGGACUGUAACGCUGGAUACGCCACCAAGUACACGAAUUCAAUGUUGGAUUAUGAAGACAAUCUAUCAGAACAUAACUUGUCCGGGGUACACAAUAAAUGUAAUGGUCUUUCGAAAUCGCAAAAAAUGUUCUCAAUCCAUAAGCAAGAUUUUAUGAGAGCGUACCAUGAUGAAAUGAAGAACAAGCAGGGGUCUGACAAAAAAAAAGCAUUCCCCUCCUGUGACAGUUUUAGAGGUAAGGUCACCCCCGUUAAUUCGAAAGAGGUGGACACAGAUGUAAUUGUAAAUGUUAACAGCAUCAUGGACCAGAGCGUCGACUCAAAGGACUUGUUGCAGUUAAAAGAAAUACUAAGCUUUUUAAUUAACGACACGGAUCUUGAUACCGUUUUGAACAUCAUCAGGAUAGAGCAGUUAACCACCCUGUGUCGUUACCUUAUCAGUAGGAGCCUAAAGUCAAUGCUGUGUGCAGGCAUUUUUGGAGGUAUAAAAAACCCCAUAGUUAACAUGAACAAGAAUAAUAAUGUAUGCCCAAAUAAGCGAUCCCAAAAGGGAUAUAACUCAAAUUCGGAUGAUAUUAAAAAGAAGAAGAAGAGUAAUUGCAAUGAGAAGAGCGUAGAUAGAAAUGGGUUCUAUGCUAGUACAAAUUAUGACAAUGUGGAUAAUAGUAACAGUGGAAGUGGGAAUAUCACUGUGGGUAGUAGAAACCAGCAAACUAUGUCAGAUGGAAAGCGUCGCUUAGUUGAGACAAACAUACCAAGCGGAAACAAAAAGGAGAAGGGGAUCUCCUUCCACAAAAAGAACAGACGCAUCGCUCUAUGUGAUAAUGGCAAAGUAGGGAUGCUACGAGACCAAAGGAAGUAUAAAAAUUUCGAAACAAGUAAGAAGUAUAGCAAAGACGACAAGAGGAAGAAGGGGAUAUUUGAGCAGUGGAGACAGAAAUCGUCUAAAAGUAUGCAGUGGCCUGUCAUACUGGACUUGCUAGUACCGUCCUCCAGCAGAGGUACAUACAACGAAGAUAACAAAGUAACUUCCAACAUAGAGCCGUCUCUCUUCUCGGUUCAAAAUUAUGGCUGGAUGCUGCUGAAAUUGUUGCAUAUUAUUACUAUAAAGUUUAGGAAUGUCUCUCCGUUGAAAAACGUGAUCACGCAGAUGAAUGAAGGAGGCAGGAACGAUGGGAGUAGUAUUGCCUGUGACGUUCUAAAUGUAAAGAACCAAUUUUCCAACCACUACUGGUUCACGGAACCAAUGGAGCACGCCUUGUCCUUUACCCUGACGGAUAUCACGAAGAGCACAUGUAUAUGGUACCUAAGGUACAAUCGCAAAAUGCUGACCAACUCGUCUAGAUUUUCACAAAUUAUAAAAAAUUCCAUGAACACGCUGUGGAUUGAAAGUGUCUUGCGUCUGAUAGCUUUGCAAAUAUGCUUACGAGUCAAGCCCCUAAAUGACAGCAGGUAUGUAGUCCCCUUCCUGUACCACAUGUUGACCAUCUGCCAGCCUCUACUCAGAGAAGUGCACAUAAACAGUGAUAAUUUGAAAAAAAAAAACAUAGGAGGCAACAGAAGGGCCAUUUUUAUGGAUGGUAAUAAUUCUCUAUUCGAAGUGAUGUGUUCUCAUUGCCACAAAUGCAUAACAGGAACUUCUAAAAAUGUGAACUCUAAGAUUUUUCCCAUUGGAAAGAAUUUAAAAAAUAUUAGGAAAAUAAACUCCAGCGAAAUGACCUACGCCAAGAAAGUUUGCAACACCAGUGAGGAAAACAAAAAUGUACAGGACGUAAAGGGAUAUAUACAUUCAGAACGUGUACAGAAGAAGCAGAUGAAAAUCACACAAAAGGUGUUGCGUGUGAGGAACUACAAUUCGUCAGAACAUGAACACGAACAUGAAGUGAUAUUGGACAAUGUAAUCACAGGUAUUGUUGUGUACCACGCAACGGUUAAGGAUGGUGUGCCUGUAAACAAAACAAUGAUUUUGCAAAAUUUGAGUGGUUUUAAAAUAAAGAAGGAGUACACGCACGAAAAUCAGUAUUGGGCGUUGUGCACACAGCAGUAUAGCAAUUCGCCCCAUUACACAUUGCCACUAAGAAAUGUGAAUAAGUCGGUCAAACAUACGAACAGAAAUAUUUUCCAAAACGUAGAUGAUGAAUCGAACUCAUGUUACUGGUCUAUCAGUGGGGACCCCGUUUAUAACAUUUACGGUAAUGCCAAAACUAUAUCAGAUGUGCAGUUAGAAAUAUGUGUCAAUAAGAAUUAUGAUGCGUCUGUGAGGUCCUUCCUCAAAAAGAACAAUUUCGAAUUGGAACUUUCUAUCAACAACGAUGUGAAUGACGUGAUAAAUAUUUGGACCAAGAAGAAGGCAAUUAUUAUAAACAAGGAGCUAAUAGAAUGCACAGAUCCGUGUGCCACCAAUGUUACGGGAAGUUCAUCACGAAAGGAAAAAGCAGUAGAUAACGAAAACGAGUUGGUAAAAAAUGAACUCCAAAAGGACUCUAACGAGGAGAAUCAGUUAAUCAACUCAGUGAAGAGAAGAAGCCGAUUUGAAAAUUACAUAAAUCGGAAUUAUGAGUAUGCAUCAGAACACGUUUGCCAGUGCAGGAAAUUCUCCACCGAUUAUGACCCUCCUAAUGAUAACAAUAAUGACUGUUCGUACAAAAGUGUCCAAUCUGAAAAUUGUAAAACGGGUAUAAAUACAGGCAGCUAUGAUCAGAACGAUAAUUUGAAUUAUAGGAAGCUAAAAUUGAUAAGCUGGAAUUUGAUAAAAACGAUCUUGUGGGGUAUUUUAGUGUCUGGUGAAAAUGCCCACGGGGAAAAUUCAGAUCAAGUCGUCUCAGAGAGUAGAACAAAAUGUGUAAAGAAUAAUGCAAGUAGUAACAUUCCAGAGGACAUAACUGAGGAGUACACUUAUGGGAAUAAUUACACCGAUUAUAAAUCUCAGUUUUACUCGCUGCAAAGGAAGAGCCUCAUAGAAUCCGUUCUAAAAAUGAUCAUGUCUGUUUUGAUAAAAUUGUGCAACAUUGUGAAGCUGUACAAUGACUUGACAAAAAAUCAGCAGGGUUGUUCCUUCUACAUCAGAAUAAGUAACACAAAAAUAUGUAAGCAGCAAGUGAAGGAUUGUGAAAAAAUGAUUACUGAUUUUAUGUACACCUUGAUAAAUUGUGUUCAGAAUUCUCCAACGGGAGCGGUGACUCUCCUAAGGUGCUUUCUCUUUGGCCAGGAUAAUCCCACAUACCGUUUUAAGAAACUGAAUAAGCUCAACAUAAAUUGCAAUUUUUACAGAUUGAUCACGGAAUGUAUUAAAAAAGCUCCUAACGAUGCAGAUGACAUCACUGUCUUUUUCAACAACUACUUUGAUAAAAAGAUUGUAAAAAUGUAUGGAAUAGAUCAGGAAAAUAAUUCCAUGAAUCAGCAGGUUAGAAAGAUCAAAACGACGACCGUUGCCCGAGUGAAAGGAAGCUCUACCAAUGCGACCUACAACAGCGUGGCUACAUCACCAAAAGAGAAUCUCAACCAUGGAAGCUCCAUAAGGCAUAAAGGGACGAAUAUGAAAAUGUCUAAUUUUUUCUUUAAAAAUUAUGACACGAAUGUGAUGAGAAAUUAUAAGCAGAGUAAGAUACACGGGUUCUUUCUUCUGAGAUGUUUGCCCCCCAUUAAGAUGUUCCCCAAGCAGUUGAUCCUACAGGAAACGAAAAAGUUGUUCCAUAGCGAGGUGAGUUUUUCCAACGACAGUAGUACCGAAUCGACACCUAAGGAAUAUGAAGAUAGAAAAGGAGUCAAUAGUGCAAAUGAAGCAUGCCAAAAUGAUGAGUUACCCAUAAAUACAAAUUCAAAGGAGAACAUUUCUGUCAAUUAUCAGAUGGAUAUAAAUACGGCCAAUAAUGAAGGAAACUCCCAAUGUAACAGCAUCAAUGAUAUAUUAGGAUUGAUACCGAGGGUAUCGUACCGUAAUCACCCCUUUGAUGAAUUACCCCAAUCUGAGUUUUUCAUGUCGAGUAGACCGUCAGACGAUUUUGAAGCGAAUAUGGAAGGAAGAGUUCUGAGAGUGUUGCGUGGGUUAAAUUUAGGAGGUGUCGUUUUAUGCCUAGCACCAUUGACAUUCCCUGCUUUGAAUAUUGGUCCGCACGAAGUAAACGAUAUAAUCAAUUUUCGUAUUCAGACGAGAGGCCGCUUCGGAGUGACCGUUGCCCCAGCAGAAUGUGUUUUGUCGAACGUGUCCGAAGUAUUUGACAGAAAUGACGUAGUUGGAUUUCGCACAAGUAUGUGUCCUCCGUUUAGACACGACGUUUUUGCUGCCAAUGUGCAAUAUGAGCUAGGCGAUUUAUUGAGCGUAAAAUUUAAUGUAGAAGAUCAGCAGAAUCAAAAAUGCUUAAGAACAGAACUAAUGGUCUCAGGGGUUAGCAUCGGAUCCGUCCUUGAAGUGCUAUUCGAAGCAGAUUCACAAAUGGAAUUUGAAAGGAGAAUGAACUUAAUAUUUAUUUUUCAAGAUCCCAUGACCAUUGUUUAUGAGGGACCAACCUUUACCAUGGAGUACGUAGACCCCAACACUAACAAGUCCAGAAAUGCUAGAAAUGAAAAGGAAAAUUUGGAUGAGGAGUAUCUGAACGAAUUUUAUGCCAUUGGUGGCCAUAACAAGAAAAACAUAAAAAAGCAGUUAAAAAAGAUAAAACUAAAAAAGAAAGAGUUUUACGAAUCCGUGAAACUGUAUCAGUCCAUUCUUGAUUCAGAAAAUGAAAUAUUGAAGGAUUUGAAGCAUGAAGUUAUAAUAAGAAUGAAUACAACGUUGACUAGUGUAGCAGAAUAUUUGAGAAAAAAUUCAUCAGAUUAUUUAUUUAUGGACCAGGUGCAAGGGGAAAACAUUUCACGCGUUAGAAAUUUGGGAAACAUUCCCCAUUUGAACAAAGCGAAAAACCCUAAGUGGACACUUCUAAACACUCAAUCGUGUGAGGUAGUGAGAAGUAAGGGUCCUGGUAGCCUUGGUAAGGAUAGACCACUCCUGGAUAAGAGCACAAAAAAAUAUGUGCAUAAAAAAACGCAGAAUUCUGUAUGCAGCAGCACGGGAGGAGAAAAAUAUGUAGCGAGGGAAUGUAAUGGUGCAAAGAAUGAUAUGAAGGAGGAAUUCACCUUGUCCGAUCAAAACACUUUUAACAUAAUUAAUUUUAGCGAAAAACCAAAUGGCGCAGACAAUAUAAAUAACGAUGUGAAGUCUAAUGAAUUACGCAACCGUGCCACUGAGAUUGACAAAUUAGUGAAGCAGAAGAGUGACCAGACGUAUGUCGCGAAUCAAAAUUCGUCCUUCUACGUAAAUGUGUACAACAAAAAGGGAAAAGCAGUGUUAGAUAUAAACAAGUGCAUCAGAGAAGUUUUGUCCAUCAUAUGCGUCUUAGGAUUAAAUGUAAGCCCAGAAGAGAAAAAAAAAUUUGAGGAUAAGAAUCAGGAUGGGAAAAAUUCCUCCAUUGAUGAACUUCCCUGGUUGUCAAGCUUAUCCGAGUUGAAAAAUUCAGUAGCUUACAGUUUGGACAGAAAAUGCAUCGAGCUGUUUUUCUGCAAUUUGGUAGACAUCAUCUGCAGUGAUGUUUUCCUCCAAGCCAUAUUUAAUUUUGUUACGAAGAAAUUGCACAAAAAAGGGGGGGUGACCGUGAGCAAGGUGAAGCACAGCACAAAUGGGGGAAAGAACAACAAAAAGGUUAAGAAGAGGUUUAAAAAUUUAAGCGAGUUUGAGUCUAAAAAGGUUAUUGAAACAGCGGAUGAUUCAUACAACCAGAAUAUGGUGAACAAUGAGAACAGCAACAACAGCACAAAUACGUUAAAUGAGAUCAAUAUAAACAAUUGUGGUUGUGUGGACAAUAGUGUAACCUCAGGAAAUGGUAACAGCAAUAAUGAUAACUCUUUAAUGAAUUCAAUUUUUAUUGAAGAAAAUGGAUCGUUAGAAGAACAUGAAGAAAAUCAGUUAGUUAAUGACAACCAGGAAAUCUUUAUCAGCAAGGACAAGCUGUUAGACAGAAAUUUGAACAAGAAGGGUUCUGAUUUUAAAAAUAUUUCCUUUGCAGAUAAGGUUAGAAAAAAUGGCUUUUUCGAAUAUAGUCUGUGUUUGAUUGGAACAAAAGCAAUUAUGUGUUGCUGCAUUUUGUUGCGAACUCUUCUGGAGAUGAAUUCCGAUGGGUUCUAUCAACCCAAUGAGAAUGUGUACGGGUCUUUUAAGAAGCUUUUAAGCUUUAUUAAGGUAUUCUUCUUCGUGGAUAUUGGCAUCAGUGAUGCGCUGAUACUGCAUUUUGCGAGGACGAACUCUGUGAAGGUAGAUUACCUAUUUGGAUACGGCAAGGGGGAAGAUUCUCAAAAGGGAGGUAACCAAAAUGAUGAAGCAGAGAACAUCACUUGUAAACCUGCCGGUGCCAUCGCCUCCUCCUUCGUCGGCACCUUCAUGAACAAGGCAGAGAGUGAAAACUGUGGAUUAUGUUCCGACGACGCGAAAGACGCUUAUUUUUUGACCCCCCAUGCCCCCGAAGGAAGGAGCAGUGUUGACAAUGAAGUUAACACAAACGAACAAGUGAACUUGUUAGAAAUUCUAUCCAUUUGCGGAAUUCCAUCGGACUUUUUCCAAUAUUUUAAUAUAAAAACUCCAGCAAUUAAAAACCAGCAGGUGAUAACACAGAAUGAUACCUUCGAUUUGUGGAUCUACAUCAUGAAUCUCUUAGCUUGUUUCAAUAGCCAAAGUAGAUAUUCCUUAUGUUUUCCCCAGAAUGUUGGUGAGCUAAAUAAUGGUGGUGUGAAGAAUGCGCUUUUCGAUUUUGAGUAUUCCACUUCGAGUUUCUCCAACAAGAUAGUACGAAAGACGGCGAAGUUUUUUGCAGCGUGGGUGUUAAAAAAGUAUCUAAUAGAUUUAAGCUGCGUUAUGGCAUCCUUAUUGCCAAAAUUGUUUAUGGAUGAGCUGAAGGAAAGCUUGGUAAGAAUAAAUGAAGGCGCGAAGGUGGGGGAACACUUAUCCGGCAUCAACAACGCCUGCGUGGAUCUCACUACAGGAGGUCCCAUUCCGUGCAAUAAUAAUACCAUUGUCAAAGAGACAAAUGUGAAGAAAAGGAGGAGUAAGAAAAAUGAAAUAGUUGCUAAAGAAUAUGGGGCAGACAAAACCAACAUCAUGUUCAACAACGCAUCAAAUGGCAGAGUGUACGAUGCGUUUGGCGAUAAAAUGGAGGGGGAAGAUAGCAAGCAUGGCUUUGGUUACGACCCUGCUGAUGGAAAGAAGAAUGGCACUCUGUCGACGGAUGACGAUGGCUACUAUACGCAGGAUGAUAGGGACGAAAAUUUGAACAUAAGUACGCUACACAACAACGUUGAGAGGGGAAGCAGUAAAGGAAGCGAAAGAAGAAACAAAAUAAAUAACAUAUCUGUGCUGAUGAGUGGCGCAUUGAAGAAUAAGGAGGAGAUGCUAAACAUAUUUAGCGUCAUGUACCUCUUCCGCAUAUGCAUUUAUUACCUAAGUAGAAGCAAAGAUUUUAGGAAAGAGGAUUAUUGGCAAGAAUACCAAGGGCAGAUUAGAAAUUCGAAGAUGAAACAAAAUGUAUAUAAAUUGCUUAACGAGAAGAGUUGCAAAUGUUCCCUCCUGUUCGGAUGGCAAAGGAUAUUCUACCAGUGUGUAAUUACUUGGGAUGAUAAACAGUUAGUAGAUCAGCUGCUCCUUAUAAUUCAGUCCGAAUUGAUAUACCAUUUAGUGGGUUCUAUUGCUCAGAGUGUAUCUCAAAAGAGAGUGAAGGUGGACAUGUUCUAUGCCCUUUCUCCUUCAGUUCACGUUGCGCACUGGAUGUUGGAUACAUUUGUUAGACAUCCUCUAUGUCCAUCGAGAGUAAGAUCUUGUUGUGUUACUCCCUUGGCAGUUUCCUCCCUCUUCGGAUUAAUUAUGAACGGAAAUAGACUACCUACCUUUAUUGGUAUAGAUGCGUGCAGACUGGUGUACUGGUCUUGUGUAGUGUAUAUAUUACAAAAUAGUCGGAGCCAUAAAAGGUAUAAGAAAUUGCAGGACAUGGAUAUGAUAACGCAUUUUAGCGUUGAAAUUGAGACAAUGGUCGAUGAUUACGAUUUGAAAGGUAACACUUAUAAGAAUACUUGGGAAAGGAAACACGAAAGAUACAACACUGUUGAGGAGAAGUACCAACGUGUGAAGUGCAACUACCACGCAUUCUUGUCUUACAUUUUCAACUGUGUGCACAUUUGUGGGUCCUCCCUUUUUAACCAAAUUUUGAACUUGGAUAAGGGCAUCAAUUACAAAAGUGGAAAUUGUAAUAAGAACAAGCCCAUCGACAUCAGCAACAACAAUGUUAGAAAUAAUAACGAGCACGUAAACAAUAUUAUAGACAACCUAAAUAACAACAUCAGUGAUAUCCUCACCUGCAUACAGAACUCCGCGAACAACAGGAUGGUAAAUAAUAACUUUAACGGAAUCAGCAGUGUUAGUAAUGAAACGAUCUACAAUUUGAAUAUAACAAAUAGAGCCAGUCCGAACAUGUCGUCCAACAAUGUGAAUAAUAACAGCCUGCAGGAGAAUACCGAAACGGUUAAUUCAUGUAAUAAUGGAAACGCAUCUACAGGUCCCAACACACUAUAUAUAAACAGUACUGUUGCUAGUACCAAGAAUGAGAAGAAGACAACUCACAAUUUUGCCACUUUUGAUAUCUUCGACAAUAAGGAGAAAAGCACAUACAGCCCUCUUAAGAUUAACGCAGCUUUGCUUAUACACUACUUCGCUUGUGCUGCGUACUACAUUAAGAAGGUCGAUAUGUGUAAUAACAUGAAUUACCUCGAUGAGCAUGUGCAUACCAAUUUUAAGCAGUACUGUCUGUACCUAUACGUGGUGGAUCACGUGUCAAAAAUGUAUGCUAAGAGCGUGAGACGAAGCGGCAGACAAAGAGGACUUCCCAAAAUGGAUGAAUUGAACCUUGGAGUACCGUCUUCCCCUGCGGAUGGCUUGAAAAAAAAACCAAAUGAAAGUUCGCAAGAUUUGUGCGAUUUUGAGCUGAAAAAAGGGGCCAAAAGUUGUUCCUUCCAUAGUAAGGAGGAGGAGGAACCGAAAAAAAAGGCUAGUACAAUAAAAGGGGACAAGAACAAGCACCUAUUCUUUGCUGAGAAUAACAAAAUUAUGAAUACAAUGCAGAGAAAAGACAUUCUGGAUGAUUCCUACGAGGGCAACUACCCCGAAAUGUUCGUCGACAAUGUGCUGCAGUUAAGCAAGAAAGUGUGUGCAAAUGUCAUAAUUGAUAUUAAUGAAAAAAUACACCACAUAUGUUCACCCAAUGCAGAUGUGGUUAAGCUGAAAAUAAAGGACAUGUUCCCUAUACCUAAGGAAAAAACAGAGCGCUUUGCGCCAGGGGGGAAAUACCCGCACAACUACCACCAUUCGCACAAAGAGGCCAUUACUGGAAACGACAAUCACAAUGUAGAUCGAAUCAUGCAUUUACUGCAAAGGGAAAAGGAAGAACUUAGGUAUGUCACCAGAAAAGCGAUUGAAUACCCUUCUAUAGUGUUCAGCGCAGACAAUGAUUUUCACUACGUGCUACAAGAAAUUAAGCAUAACAAGGUUCAAGAAUUUUUGUUGCUCGAAUCUAAAUCGUUAAAUGCGGAUUUAGACCUGGAAAAGGUUGAAAAGGUUAAUUUGGGUUCCCAUAUAGAACUAGUUGAUUUGUGUAACUUGCAACAGGCUUUCAUUUUAAUGGGAGAUUCCGAAAUAUACUCAGGUGCACAUAAUUCAUCCUUUAGCAUUUCUCUUGGUGUAUCGAAUAAACAGAAAGGUGCCGUGCAACGACUUAGCGAUUUGGUACACAUAGAAGUGGGGCUGCUAAAUGUGAGUGUCAAUUACGAUUCAGGAAAAAAAGACACGUCGCAGUCGCACAGCCUAUAUGAACCGAACGUGGACGAAUUCAAAAGGUACAGAAAUUGCAAGAUGUCAGUUAAUAGAGAUUUUCACAAAAAUAGCAACAGUCCUAAUUCUCACAUACUUACGGAGAAUAUGCUCAUUAGCUAUAGCAAUUACGCACAACACGAUGAGGACGAAGAAAAAAUAUUAAAGUAUGCGUCCUUCCUACCAAAGAGUGUGGAGAAAAAGGUGUAUGCGAAAAGGGCAAAUCCAAAUGAGUGCAGUGGUGCCCAUAAAGCAGAUUCGCGCCACGCAAAGACGACUAAACAGAUUAGGAAGAAUCAUUUGAGCUAUUCCGCAGUGAACAAAAGAGUAACUGGCAGUAAGAGGUUUUCCAUAAACAACUCUGAAAAGGCAGAUGGAAAUGCCAAUUAUGACAAGUAUAUGACGUCCGAUACGUGCAACGACGUGUCGUACUCGAAGACGCUAUCCGAGAUGAGCGCCAUAAAUUCAAAUGAUGAAUAUAAUAGAGUGAACAGUUCUGUCACGCUGAAUAUAGCGGACGGGACGGUGAAGAGCAUGGGGUUAUUUUUCGACGGCGGUGUUGAAAAUGUCAAGCCAUUAAUGAUAAAUAAAGUAUCCUCCGCGGAUAAAGUUGUUCUAAAAGUGAAGGUCAUUGGGAAGCAAAUUCUGUGGUUCUCGAAUGACACGCUAGUUUUUCGAAAAGAGUUCAGUAUGCAAAUGACCAAUUUUGUACCACUCAUCAAGGUAACACCCAUGGUGUCACAUAACACAUUAGACGGAUUUCAGGAUAGUAAUUUUGGCAGCUCCUCAAUUCACAUGAAAUUUAUUGACACGAAUGAAAAGAUAUUCGCAUCGCCUCUGACCAACUUUUAUUUUAAAUUCGAAAAUGUACAUAAAAUGAAAUAUGGGAAUAACUGCACGACGAAUAUGAAUAAGAAUUGGAACGGAAGCCUAUGGAAGCGCACGUGUUUCGUCCUCACAGAUGCCGCCUGGGCAAGUAAAUCCUCAACCAAAGUAGUGAAGAAGAGUAAAAUGCCUCUAAUAAUAGCGCAACCGGAUAAUGAAAUACUAAUACAAUAUUAUAAUUCCAGGUCUAAUCACUUAUACCCCGGUGACCCCUUUUCCAACACGUUAUUCUUAACUCCCAAUGUGCAAAUAAAAAGCGAGCCGGUAAACUUUGCCAAUGUUAUGCAGUGCAAAAUUGUGCAGGGGGAUAACUGGAAUUUUCUAACCCUAGAAAAUGUCAAAACUGUACGAAGCGUACCAGUCAUAAAUUACUACGGCGUUACCAACUCAUAUAAACAAUCAGAAAUGCACAAAAUUGACUUAGAUGCAUUGAACAAUUGCGAGCAGAAAAAUGCCAAGGAUAUGCCGAGCAUCCAAAAUAUAACCAAUAUACACAAAACGUACGCGAAGAUUCUAGAAACAAGCACAAAGAAAGACAUGGACAAGGAAAGCUCUAACAUGAUUAUGAAGGGGGAGCUCAACGUACACAACCAUUUAAAUAGGCUGUGCAAAAAUGAAGAUAUAGCAAUGAAUGCCAAGAACAAUUUCGACAUUACACAUAACUAUUCCAAGACAAAUAAGAGCAGGAGCAAUGAAAGGAAGAAGAAAAUUUUAAAUGCGAACUACUACGAUUUAAGUGAUGUGAAUAGAACCCAUUACACUUCGUACUACAACGAAUUGAUCCCAGAACAUAGUGGCCGCAAUUUUAUGCACAGCAACUAUAUCCAUGAUUAUUUCACCACUAGCAAUGACGCUAAUGUGCACAUAAAAUAUAGGCUUCAUAAUUUCCACAAAAUAAAAAAAGACUACUCGUAUAAUGUAAAGUACAGCUCCAUACAAGAAAUUAACGACACUGCUACGCAAGGGAAGGCCAAGUACAUUUUGGAUGAAAAAAAACAGAGUGUAAACGACUCACAUAGGAGGAAGAAAUAUAUCAAUAGUAACAAAAUAUUUUGCAAGGAAGAUCAUACAAAUGAUAACAGCUAUUCAUUCAUAAGUAAUACGCAGGACCCAUGUGGCACCCUGAUUGAGGACAAAGCGGUCAGCAAUAUGUACUCUCCCAAGCAGGACAAGAAUAACGAUCUGAACGAUGUAGAGGAUUACUACAAUUAUAGGGAGCACGGGGAUGAAUCGAGCAACUGUUCUAUGUAUUACAUGGGAUGCAAGGAGUUCAAAUUGUGUGUCGAUUCGUACGAAGCGCUGUUCCCUGCGAAGCAUUUUAUUUUCAACUGCACGGUCAACUUUGAAGAAUGUGAUAACAGGCACAGUGCUAAUGAGUUGAAAAAUUCGGUGGGAAUUUUAUGGGGAGGUUACCGUUGGUUAUGGACAAGCAAUGGAAAAUUUAUAUGCCCACUGAAACUACCCCUCUGUGUGUCUGAAUUUCCAUCAGAAAAAAUUGAAGAGUGUGAAAUGGAAGUUGCCACAUUUAAAUCGAACGAUAAUUUAUGUGUAGAAUUUGAACCGCACCUCCAAAGCCUCUUGUUUUACAAAAAUGGAAAAUAUGAAUUUGGAUUUAAAUUUGACACCUUUUAUAAUUAUAGAAACGUUGGCGGUAGUAACUGGUCAUAUGAAAAGAUUAAGGAAGCAACAAGGGAAGCUGGUCGAAAUGAGUCCAAGUAUUCUUACUCGAGCAGCAUCAGCAACGGUAAUGUGAACGAUUUUGGUGCUACCAAAGAUGAAGACGUCAACAAGUAUCGAAGUAGUACUAAUGAGAAAGGCUCCUUACCGAAGGAUACACAUAAAAUUCAGAAGAAGCAAGACAUGAGGAAUUUUGAUAAAGAAGUGGACACGACGCAGGGGUACAUGAACAGUCAUUUCAGCCCUAGUCAUAACACCAGGGCGAGUAACCUGUGCGCACACUCCAUCUCUAACGAGCAUAAGUGCAGCAAAAGGGUUAGUGGCACAAAUAAUAUGAAGAGUAAGGAAAAAAGAAUGAAUAAGGACACAAACAGCAAUAAUGGAAACCACCAAGAGGAUGUUACGGAAGAUAGCGAGAAUAAAACACUGAUGAGGAUAAAAAACCACGUCAAUAUGAUCAAAUUAUACAACUCUCUAUUGCUAAAUGAUUGUGAUAAUGUUUCUUCCAUUUUAAUGUAUAACCCAGAGUUGUUAGCAAAAUCAGAUGAAACCAAGCAGGAGGUAUCUUUUGAGCAUUAUGAAAUAAAUCAAGAAGAUUUUCCAUGCGAACUUGUAUCGUCUAUGAAGAAUAUUAUUUACGAGAAAGAUUUAACCCCGCUCAUGUUGGCUUGCAGAAUUGGAUGUGAAGAAUGUGUACAGAAAAUAAUAGACAUAGGAAAAGUGAACCCUAAUAAAGCCUGUCAUAAAGUGGAAAAAGAAACCCCCCUGAUGGUUGCUGCACAGUAUGGAUACAGUCGACUAGUGAGCAUGUUAGUCUGUGUAUAUGGUGUGCAGAUAAAUAAGAAGGAUGCCAAAGGGAACACAGCGUUGCAUAGAGUGUUACUUAACCCGUGCCCAGAUGAGAGAAAGAAAGACCAUACCUACAAGAUGGUGCAGCUGCUACUCAAAUUAGGGGCCGAUACCAGUUUGUUGAACAAAAAAGGGUUAUCUGUGGAAGACUUGGUACAAAAAAAUUUAAUUAAAAAUAAAAAAGUAGAAGCUAUUUUAAAAAUGUGGAUAAAGUUAUCGCUUAAGAGUAAGACAAAGGACAAGAGGAAUUAUAUCAACAAGGACCUCAUCCCCGGUUUGCUUUCCAACUGUUCCGUAGUCGUGGGCUUCCCCAUAUGUUUAAAUAACUCCAGUAAUAGCUACUCCUCCGUGAAGAUAAACUCCUUCGUCAUUGGGGGAGAAGAGUUAGUUACUGCUAUGAGUUACAAAAAACAGGCCGGCAGCUGCGACGAUGAGGUGGACUAUGGCCAUUAUAAACAGAACAAUAAUGAAUGGACAGGCAGAAGGACAGACGAAGAAUAUUACAGCUGCGAUAACUCCUCCAAACAUAUGUCCAUAUCGAACUUUUGUACUGUAGAUGGUAAAGUGGAUGAGAAGGGCGAAAAGGAGGAGAAGAAGAAAGACCUGUCAAAGGCAAAUCACUGUUUAAAAGACGCAUCCGCCAUGGAGCAAGUGAACAACACGAGUGAUAAUUCAUUGGAAAACAUAAACUACGGCACACAGCUGAACAACUGUUCAAGAAGGAAACCAAUUGGUAGAUUCAAAAACACGGAUAACGCACACUUUAUGGGACCAACGAACAGCUCGGACCCUAUAGACAAGAAGAGGAAGAAGCCAAUCAGUUAUAAGGUCGACAUGAAUUCGAUAUAUGAGCGGUUUGAAAGCAAGGGAAGCAGCGACAGCGUACACACGAACCAUUUCCCCUCCAUGGGCGAAGGCACGGUCAGUUCGCAAAAGGAGAACCUGAGCGAUAUAGUCAUGUGCGAAAAUGAUGCCAAAAAUUAUGAGGAUAAUGAAAACUGUGGUGAUAACAAGUGUGAUGGUAGCCAAAACGAUGGUGAAAGCAUCGUCACGAUAAGUAGAAACAAAUUAAAGCGAAAAACGGUGUGCGACAAGCAGAGCGCGAAUGGCCAGUUCACAUCCGUGGAGGAAGAAAACAGCGAAGACGAGCUAGAGCGUUAUAGCCAAGGUGAUCCGUACAGAUCGUCAAGGCCGGGAAAACUGUGCAAAGAGCAGAAUGACAUCCUGAACCAUUUGAUUAUUCAUUCUCCAGGUGAUGGUAAGUAUGACGAUACCGACGUGGAGUUCAUGUUGGACGAAGAAGAGAAGCUAAUGAAAAAUCGCAUCACACAGCAGGAGGCGAGAAGUAAGGAAGACCUUCUCCACGAAGAUUUUAACUGCAAAGGAAAGAAUAUCAAAAAAAAAUGUUUCGUAUUUUCCAGUACGAGGAAAAAUAUGUUCAACUAUCAAGAUCUGCAAGGAAGUCUAAUCGAAUUUAUUAACAAGUCAGGUGUUUUCUCGGAUAUAUUUAAAAAUAAUGGAUACUUGGAUGCUACGAGUAUCCCUAAAUUUGAUGAACUCAAAAAUACACUAAUGCAAAUUAAGAGUGAGGAGGAUAUAUUUAGAGGGUUUCACAAUUUUCUGGAAUUAUUUGACUAUUUCUACAUGGACGACAGAUUAAAGUGUUUUAUGAAUAUCGACUUGAAGAAAAAUUUAAAAAGCUGCCACACUCUCCUGGACUUAGGAUAUAUUCUUCUCAAAGUAGACAGCUUCGCUAGCAUUUUUAACAGCUUCAAGUUGAAGUGGAACAUGAGUACGCAUGAUGAAUGGAAGAAGAAGCUACUAAAGGGACUUGGCAUUUUUAACGAAUUUUAUGAUAUAAAAUGGGUGACAGAUUCGUAUACAAUUUAUAGGUACGAAGAAGACAUGAUAGAAUCAGCUUCCCUCGUAGAUAAGGUGCUACAGAAUGGAAACAACUUGCUGUUCUAUAGUAGCCUCAUGAAUAUCAUCGAUGAGAAAAAGUCUUUCUUAAGAAAUGGAAUGUAUGAUGCGCAUUUGUUUAGUGACAUUUUUAAAAAUAUUGAUUUGGAAAAUUUAAACAGAGAUGCUUUACUGUAUGACUUUUGUACGAACAAAAAUAUGCUGAAGGAGUACCUGUUCCAUGAGAAUAACAGGAGGCUAAUGUGCAACAAUGACUCUAGCGAUGUGGCAGAAAAGUAUAAGAAUUAUAUAAACGAGUGUUUUGUCAAUGGAGGUAACAUGAAAGGGUACGAGGAUCACUACUCGGCGUACGAUACUGUGGAGGAACCCAAUGUGUCGAAGGAAAGGAAGUCCAGAAAGUACCACACUUAUGAUAGAUCCUCCUACAGGGUCAGCUCCAAGCAGUACAUCCCGCUGUUCAAAAUUUCUAACGACAUUUAUAACAGCGUGAAUGAUUCCUGCAAGGCGGGUAAUCCUUCGGAGUUCACUCCGAGUGGGGCUGCGAACGCUGCGGCAAGCACAACUACUAACGCUAUCGCUGUCAACACCACCGGUAGAGCCCAACACAAUGAGAGCGCCGGGAGGGAACAAAUAACCCCAGAGGAUCCGCCGUGUAGCAGCGCGUCCAACUAUUUCCACAGUGGCAGUAACAACAAAAAUGAAUUCAUGCACAGCGGAGAAGACAUGAGCGCGCAUCAUAGCUUGACAAAACAAAGCUCAAUGAGUUCUAUCAAAUUAGACAUAGACGGAGAUAAUAAUCAUCACGUAAGUAACAAUAAUGCAACGUGUAAUAGGAAGAAAAGCCAUUUCCUGUGUGGGAAGCAACUCAGAAAUGCCCUCUUCAUGUUACAGGGCAAUUGCGAAGAGGAUAGUAAUAAUGGAAAUGCUUUGAAGCAGCAUCUUCCAUAUGAAGCUUUCAAUAUGUACGGUCAUAAGAAUGGGAACAAUACGAAUGAUUUCAUCACCGAGGAGGACCCAGAAAAUUCCAUCCACUGCCAGUUUAGUAACAACAAAAAUGACAUGGGAAAAAAUUAUAUUGAUGAAAAUAAUCACUUUAACAAAAUAAACAACAAAUAUGAUAAGAAUAGAAAACGUUCUAUGCUGAAUAGCGUUUCGAGGAAACAUAACUGGAACAGCCCUCCCACUGCGUCUGAUCAUUAUUAUAAGAAGCAUUAUUUGCAUGGAAGUUUCCUCCCUGAUGGAUAUAAUGAUGAAAAGGACAAUGUGGAUGAUGCAUAUGACCUGAUGUGUGAGUUGCAAUUUAUUUCCAAGCCAUGCGACAAUGAUAUCAUAAGAGAAAAAUGCAACAAAAUUUGGCCACACACACUUGACACCUAUGUCCUACAUAUAUACGACUUGAUAAGUAGUUACAUGGACUCUUCAGAAAAAAUAAGUUUAUUUGUAUACCACGCAUUUGAUAUGGAAAAAAUAAAAAAAAAGCUCCCAAGUAAAAAUUCUCAAUUGUGGAAAAGAAUAAACAUGUCCUUGGAUGACUUCAUUGAGGAAAUAAAAAAGGUUCAUAAUUUCACCAUGAGAAUUGUAUACCAAAGUAAUUACAAAAUAUAUGGAAUGUUUCCUCCAAACUUUAAAAAAUAUUUUGUGCUUUCUGAUGAAUGUCUAAGAUAUAUAGCAAAAAAUAAAAUGGUUAUGACUGUAGAUUAUUACAAAAGCAACGUGUACGAAAAGAAUAAGCACCUGUUCUUGAAAAUUAUUCAGGACCGUAUCACUUUGUUAAAUAAGUUUAAUACAUACUUUGAGAAUUGCCUUCCUAUUACGGCUGUAUUAUUUAACAAACCAGUUAUUCAUCUAGAGGAGCAUGGAUUGCGAACGUUGGAAUGUCCUCUAUGUUUCUUCGCGGACGGGGAUAAGUUUCUACCGUGGAGCACCAUGAUGGUCAAAAAUGGAAGUACGCACAGGGGAAGCGGUUGCUUAAUGUCCCAUGUGAGAAUUGACACGGACAGCAGUGGGGGCAGGAAUGCCUCUGAGGCGAUUGAUCGUGUCGGAAGUGAUAGUGUAAUAAGUGGCAACCCGUGUGCGAGUUCGCGUAGGAGAAAGGACGUUUAUGAAAAUCCCUCCGGACAGAACGACCAGGGUGACUCCAAACAGGGCAUUGCUAAUACAGCGCCAAAAGUGGAACAAGAUGGAAAAGACAAAUGGAACAAUUUGGCCAAUGCCGAGCCCGAGAAAAACGAUCAUAACAGCUAUGCCACGGAGAGAAAUAAUUCCAUCAUAGAGGAAGGAGGAUUAAUGUACAAAAAUGGCUUACCGCACAGAAAAGGCGAGUGCAGACAUAUUAGCAUGGAGAAUGAGUUUAUUAGAUCCAAUUCGGAAAAUGUGCAUACGGGUAACCCAAAUGGAAAUUUCUCUGCUUGUGGGGAGAGCGACAAGGAAACUCAGGAGGACUCAUUGGUAGACUGCAUAAGACACUGUAAAAAUGGGUACACUUCCAGUAAAAUGGUUUUAGCGAUGGGCUCUUCGGACCUGCCCGUGCAACUGUCUUCCUACCUGUUUGUUAAGAAGUUGCUUAAACAUGAUACUUCCUUAAAAUUGUGGAAGGAGUGUUUGAAAAAUAUUACCUCGUCCAACUCGGAGAAAUCUAAUUUAACCCUCAGAAUAGACAGAGGAAUGGCUGCAACAGCAAAAAAUAUUGCUCACACGAUGUGGUACCAAAGCACAUACUCCUUGCUAAACAUAGACACACAUAAACUGAGAGGAAAGCCAAGGGAUAGACCUUUCAUGGUGGUAUUUGUAGGAGAAGGAGCAACCGAUUUUGGAGGCCCUUUUCAUGAAUUUUUGUCUUCCAUUUCGAGAGAAGUUAUGGGCAAAUUGUCCGAUUCCCCUGAUAAAAGUUUACCCAUGUUUCCUCUGUGCAUUCCAUGCCCUAAUUACACCCAAGCUAUGGGAGGACGCCAAGAUACCGUUAUCAUUAACCCUAAAAUUAAUUCGUACAAUGUUAAAGAAUCUGAUUAUGUUGGCGAAAUAGACAUCAUUGAUAAUUUGGAAAGCUUCAGAUGGCAGAUACUCCACAUAUACAAUUCGAUACGAAAUAUUAAGAAGAAAUUACAAAAGUCGCAGAAUAGUAUGUACCAGGGGGGUUAUUAUAAAGCCAAGGAAGGAAAUGACUCUUUGGAUGAGGAGGAAGGACAAAAUGGGGAAGAUCAGGGCGUGCAUGAUGAGGACUCCUCGGGAGGUAACAAAGAGGCUGCAGAAAAAUUGACGCAUAAAAAUGGAAGCAAUCACAGGAAUAAGAAUAAGAGUACCCGAAGUGGUAAUGUAAAUACAAGUGGGACAAUGGGAAAGGGCGCUUCACCACACAAGGAAGGAAAUGAAAAGGAGAAUAGCCAUGUUGACAAUUACGAUUGUAUGGAGUCUGCAGGAAGGGAGGCAGAAAAUGCUAGCAGCAGUAGAAGUGGCAGUCAAGAGGGAAAAGACAACAACGCGGGUGAGGAACUCCCUGGAGAUAUGCUUCCUGUACAUGGGGAAGACAAGGUAGCUAAUGGGGGCUUGAAGAACACUAACAAAAUGUACCUCUUUGGUAGCAAAAAAUCUGUUACAUUCGAAAAAAUAGAGCAAGAAAAUAAGAUGGAUUUCCAUGAGGAUAACAAAUUCGACCGCAGUGGCUCAUACGAAAGUUGUGGCUACGACAGCGACGUGCUUGAAAUUGUGAACAACAUAUCACUCAAAACGAGACAUGAUUUCUUAAGCAAAAUAUUAAAUAAGAAAAAAAACGAAACGGACGAAAAAAUCGUAUGUAACGACAUGGACCAGAAAAAUGUUCACGCUGAUAGUUUCAAAAAAAAUAGCAAAAAAAACAAAAAAUUUAAUGAUUUAAAGAAAAGUCAUAUGAACAUGGAGUAUGAUGAGAAAACUACAAGAGCAAUGGAAUUAGCCAUGUAUGAAUCCCUAGGUCGAAUUAUGGGGAUGUGCAUAUGCAUAGCGUCAGCUUUAAACAUAUGUUUCAAUCCAAUAAUUUGGAAGAAGAUAUGUGGAGCUCCACUAGAAUUGCAAGACUUGUGCGAUUACGAUUUUGUCGCUGUGGAAAUGCUCAAAACGUUGAAAAUGGUAAACUGCGAAAGGUCCAGUGGAUGGAACAUGGAAUUAAAACAAUCCCUAGGAGAUAUCACUUUCAUAACGGAAGACUCCGGAGGAAAUUCUAUUGAGUUGAUAAGAAAUGGAGCCAACAUACCGAUCAAUUUUGAUAACUUGGAAUUGUUUAUCCGAUUAAUGACUAGAUGCAAAAUGAAUGAAUCAUCCAGAGGGUUGAGAUAUUUACUUAAAGGAUUCAGCUCCGUGAUUCCUUUGGGUCGACUGAGGUUGUUAUACGAGUUUACACAUGUGGAGCAUAUGGUUUGUGGUGAAAGAGAAAUAAACCUUGAUGUCUUAAAAGCACAUACUUGGUCCAAUGAUUUGAAAAUAAAGGACAAACUGUUUGCAGUACUGGAAGAAUUCACGAAUGAGCAGUUACAAUCAUUCCUCCGAUUUGUUUCAGGCCGAUCAAGGCUUCCCACGACAAAGAAUGAUUGGUAUAUGAUCAUAGAUGUUGACAACCCUAACCUCAGUAUCAGCCAAACUGACCAAAGAUUACCCACGGCCGUUACGUGUGGAUUCCGCUUGUUGUUGCCUCAGUACUCCAGCUUGGAAAUUCUCAAGGAGAGGCUCCUAUACGCGAUUAAAAACUGCACAGCCAUUGACUUGGACGCCUACGUGGUGCACGACCAGAUGCAGCUCAUGUACGGGGAGUGA